UACAAACCGGUAAAGGAAAUCAGAAUGCAAUAACAAUAAUUAUAAAACUGGAUCAUUUUUAAAUUUAAUUUUGGGAGCGAUGUGGCUACCAUAAUGUGGAAAAUAAUACCAAAUUCCAGCUACAUACUCGAACCAGAAGAGCUACGCUACUUAAAACAAUUAUUAGCAAAAAAUGUAUGUAAUUGUAAAACUUGUGGCGAUUACGAAAAGUCUUUAGAAAAAGUUAUAGAUUACCACGACAAGCAAAUUCAAGUAUCAGAUCAAUGUUUUAUCACAGAAAUAUCUAAAACUGUAUCAGCUAAAAAUCUUCACCAAACCCAAUCUUUACCGCAAUCCGCAAUGUGUCCAGGAUGCUAUAUGGCCAUAAAUUUAUGCCGUCAAAAAGAUUUUAAAAUUUUGAAAGAUGAGGAAUCUGAAACUAAGACAGAAAUGUUUUUUUCUGACAAAUCCACUGAGAAAGCGUUUAAGGUUGCAGAGAAAUCUACUUCAGACACAAAUAAAUGUGAACUUAGUAACGCUUUCGUUUCACUAAGUAAAGUUGUUUCUGAAGUAUCAAAUGUUAAUGAAUCUCGUGAUAUCAGAAAAGAGCCGCCACCUUAUUUAGGGUAUACAGACAAAACUCCGGAAACGGUGCCUAUUUAUAGUAACUGUCAUUGUAUGUCGAAUUUUAUCAAUUCUAUUAGACCACCUUUAACAAAUUUUGAUAUUUACAAUCAGUAAACGAUUCUAAUGUUUUUUUUUACUCUGUUGCACAAUUAAUUCCUUCUACUUUGUAGUUUUAUAUAGAGAUGUACCAACUAUGCUUAAUAAAAUAAUUAAA